AAUUCGAUCCUAUGCAUUAUUUUUAUUUUUAUUUUUUUUUUUGAAUUGCCGCCUCCUUAGUCUCGUCUUGGAUGGCUUUUAUGAUGCACCGCUGAUGCGGUGUGAGGUAUAAUUUCCCUUCGACCGGCCUUACUGCGCGGCAAACCAACAUAUUUGACCAAAUAACCCCCUACCAAAAAUUCUGCGGUCACACCAUAUCACGAAAUUUCUAGAAAGAAAAUGUGAAAUCUUGCUAUAAAUGGACGCUCGCCCUUAUUUUCUUACCGCUUUUCACCUCUGGAACGUCACCAACCUUCAGCGUCCACCGCCCUCCAUCGCCAAUGGCAGCAACACCCGUCGAGGUCUGCGUCAAGGCCGCCGCCGGCGCUCCGGACAUCCUCGGCGACUGCCCUUUUAGCCAGAGGGUUCUUCUUACGCUGGAGGAGAAGAAGGUGCCCCACGAGAAGAAGCUGAUUAACGUCGAAAACAAGCCCGAUUGGUUCUUGACGAUCAGUCCCGAGGGGAAGGUGCCGGUGUUCAAGUGCGACGAUGACAAAUGGGUUCCCGAUUCGGAUGUCAUCACCCAGAUCAUCGAGGAGAAAUACCCCAACCCUUCUUUUGUUACUCCCCAGGAGUUCUCGUCGGUGGGAUCAAAAAUAUUCCCGUCUUUUGUCAAGUUCUUGAAAAGCAAGGAUCCCAAUGAUGGGUCGGAACAAGCAUUGCUUGAUGAAUUGCGUGCACUGGAUGAGCAUCUCAAAGCUCAUGGUCCAUAUGUUAAUGGUGAAAAUAUAUCUGCAGUUGACUUGAGCUUGGCACCUAAGUUGUUCCAUCUUGAGAUCGUCCUUGAUCAUUUUAAAGGAUGGAAGAUACCAGAAAAUUUGACAUAUGUUCAUGCUUACAUGAAGCUACUUUUCAAUCGGGAAUCAUUCAUAAAGACCAAGCCAGCAAAGGAGCACGUGAUCGCUGGAUGGGCACCCAAAGUUAAUGCUUGAUGCUUAAUGCUUAAUGCUUGAGUUUAGUGUGAAGUCGGUUAGGUCAGUGCUGUCGGAGCCCUGGUGCAAUAAAUAGCCUCUUGCUUUAACUGGGUUUAAGCAUUUGCCGCUGUUAUGCUUUUGCUACCUUAUACCAUGGCUUGAAAUAAUAAAUAUUUCUCAUAUGAGUUAAGGACCAAUGCAAUAGUGUUUGUCUGCUUCCAUGUUA